AUGCUUCUUCGAGGCAGGUCCAAGGAGCGGACUUCGCCCAGGAAGGUGACGCCUCCGUCACCUGCCUACAUGAACAAUGAGCAGUUCUCUUCCUACCUCGCCAGUCUUCGAGAUACCCGUAACACUCGCCCAGGAGGUGCCAGACCACAGCCCACCACACGCCGGGAAUCAGAACGCGUCGCUCCAAGCCGCCCCUCCAUCGGUGGCAUUUCAGUCCAGUCGGAUGCCGCUUCAUCGCAUCAGCGAACCCAAUCAGACACCGCAACCCCACAAAUCACCUCGGCCAUCCGCCCCAGCUAUGGCGGUAGCUUUGCCUCAAGCAUCGCGUCGCGCUUCACCACCUUGUCCUCGGCCCCGGGGCGAGACUACUAUCCGGAGAAACCAACCGCACCACCGUUGAAGCCCGGCGAAUUCGUGCCCAGCGCCAGAUACAUUGAGCGAGGGUCACGGUGGAUGGAGAAGGAAGAGGCUGUCUCGUUGCGCACCGCAAUGGAGGACAUGGAGCUGAAGGACAAGCGCGAGGGUAUGGGAAAGGCGACUCCAGAAGACCCCGAAGAGGCGCGGCUGUACGAGGCUGCUCUCAACGAGGCAGCAGAACUUGUAUGGCAACACGAGCAUGGUGUCAAGCCGCCGGAGCCGGGAACCCCGUAUCGCUACAAGCCACACCUGAGAAAGGACAGCUACGCCCAUGCGCGCACCGCUAGCGUCGGGCGUUAUGGUGACGACAUUGUUCCCACAGGACUCGCAAGAGACGGUGCACGAUCUGCUUCGGCAAGUUCUUGCGGUAGUGACGGAAGGCGUUCCCUGGAUAGUACGCGCCCAAGUUUGGACGGGCAACGCAAGACAUCCGUAGAAUCCUCAACAUCAAAGUCUUAUGGCAGCUUGAACGGAAUUGCAUCACGUCCGACGGGUAGCCGUCGUCGCAGCAGCAUGAAGCGCAACAUCAGCGGCGAGGUUCAGAAGCCUUUCUCUGGUGACCAGAUUUACGAAGAGCCCGAGGGCGACACUCCCAAGUCCAAAUCCACGUCCUUCCUUCCCACCAACACAGAUAAGGUGCAACCGCUGAAGCUCAAGUUGAAGAAUCCUCUCAACAAAAUCUCAUUCGCGCCGGAGUCUGGUUCAGAUAGCGGAAGAGAGUCCCCAGACGUUGCUCCACCUUCUCCUGCCAAACGGCUAUCAAGAUAUGAGAUCCACAAGAACCCUCCAACCCAGACCCGCAAUCCCAACUACACGGUGAGCAACCCGGCUCCGAAACCCAUGGGUCCACGCGCCAAUGCCGAUAUCCCCAAGAAGCAUGGCGUGGAAAUCCGCAGUGAGGAUAUCCGGAAAGCAACGAGCUUCAAGCUUGGGGAUCGCAGCAAGAAGUUGCCCACACCGUCGGCAGUCAGUGACCGCCCCGGUCGUCCAAUCGUAAGCUUCGAUGCCAACUGGAAGGCCCCCGAAGAGGCGGUCACUGAUUCAAAGCCAGAGCCAAAAGAGCCCAACCGCUUCGUCGGGUUCCGUCAAAGCCAACCAAAAGACGGCCAGCCCCAGCCGCAAUCCAAGCCCAGGUCAGAGCAAGGCUCAUCACAGCAGCCGCCUGUUCCUACUCUGUCAUUUACGCCGGAUUCUCAGAUCACGUCGCCGUCAAAGCACCGCCCAUCAGCCUCUACCACCCCGUCCGUCCCCAGUAUUCAGAUAGACGUACCCGCUUCCGUUGGUUCCAAGCCGCCGGUUCCAGCUUUCUCAGGUUCCUCAGAUGACGGCCCAAGCAUCCCGUCCAUCGUACUCCCCGGCGAAGACAGCGGCCCGUCGAUUCCGUCUAUCGUGCUACCAGGUGAAGACAACGGCCCUAGCAUUCCCGUCAUCGUCACGCCUGAUGACAAUGGUGCAUCGAAGGCUCCGAAGCCAUCGGCACGUCCCCUUCCCACGCCAAAAAAAACAAGCCCAUUUGCCCGUAAUGCCCGGAAUGGAACUCGCCCCGGCAGCCACUGGUCUCCUGACCCGGGUGCCAUCUCUCGCCGUGCAACCGCAGUGUGCCACGAGUGCUCAUUCCCCAUCGAGGGCCGCUUCGUGGCCCUUCGUGGCGCAUCCGAGCGCUUCCAUCCCCAGUGCUUCGCCUGCUACACCUGCGGCACCUCCCUCGAAGCUCUGGAGAUAUCCCCGGAGCCCGACAACUUCCGCGCCGAGCGCCUAGACCGCAUUGCCCGGAGAGCCGCCGGCGAAGCCCUCGAGGAGACACCCGGCAAGACCGUAGCCGAUGACGGUGACGCUCGCUUGCGCUUCUACUGCCAUCUCGACUGGCACGAGCUGUUCGCGCCCCGGUGCAAGACGUGCACCACGCCCAUCCUGGGUGACCACAUCGUCGCGCUCGGUCACCAUUACCAUUACGGCCACUUCUUCUGCGCCGAGUGCGGCGACCCGUUCGAACAGGGCAUGACGCAUAUUGAGAAGGAUGGGUAUGCGUGGUGUGUCAACUGCCAAACCAAGCGCACGGAGCGGCGCGCGCCUAAAUGUAAGAGGUGCAAGAAGCCUGUCAUUGGGCAGUACAUCCAGGCACUAGGCGGGGAGUGGCAUGACGAGUGUUUCCGGUGUGCGACUUGUGGCGGUGGGUUUGAUGAUGGGCAGAUUUUCCCAGUUAUUGAUCGCGUGCUUUGCACGGGGUGUCGGAUGAGGGAGUUGAAGGCAUGA